CGCAGGCGUAGUUCGCCGGGGUUCGGCGGCGGCAACGCGACCGUUUCACUUACGUCAAAACAAUUUACGACACCUCCGUUAGCGGCUCUGGUUGCUCUGGAGAGGUUUGUCGGUGUUCUGCCGAGCUCCGGACCCACCGGCGGAUUACUGUACGUCCAGGAAAUUCUGCUUUUCAAAUCAUGGAGGCAGAACAGAUUAUGGAGGGACAGCCACAGGUUCCAGAAAAUCCCCAUUCUGAAUACGGUCUCACUGAAAAUGUAGAGAGGAUAGUAGAAAAUGAGAAAAUAAAUGCAGAGAAAACAUCAAAGCAGAAGGUGGAUCUUCAGUCGUUACCCACGCGUGCCUACUUGGAUCAGACAGUUGUACCUAUCUUGCUACAGGGACUUGCUGUUCUUGCAAAAGAGAGACCGCCAAAUCCCAUUGAAUUUCUAGCAGCAUAUCUUUUAAAAAACAAGUCACAAUUUGAGGACCGUAAUUAACUCCAUAAAAAUGAGGACAAUUUGGCUGCUAGACUGAAACGCUCAUUUGCCGCAAUUUGUUUUCUGCUGUAAAAAUUCUUUGGAACCAUGUUGUUGUCUUUCUUAAUCGCACAAUUUGCUUUACCUUUUGAGUUAUUUAAUAAAGAACACUUUACAUUUGUUCACUUGUUUUAAACUAGCUAUUAAGAGACUUUCAAAAUAAAGUACUGAAACUGCACUACUGAUGAUGAAAGUCUGGAUAAUUCUGUGGGGCUACAUCACCUGAAUGCAUGAAACAAAGGGGAAUAAUUUAUUAUGGGAAUCACAUGAGUGAUAAUGUUGAUUUUUAUAUAGCACCUUUCACAUGUAAGGUACAUGAACAGAAGGCAAAUGAAUUAAGAGCAGUUAGAGUUUAUUUUGAGGAUGGAUUAAGUAGAGAGGGGAGAUCUUGCUUCAGAACACCAGGAAAAGGGUUUAGUUAAAACAGACAAUUAGGUUCAGCAGCUGAAUGGAUCACCUGCAGACAGUGUCCAAA